AUGAGGUAUGACGGAACGCAGGACCCGCUGGAACACCUCACGGCCUUUGAAGCCAGGAUGAACCUGGAGGGAGUGGGAGACGAGGUAAGGUGCCGCGCAUUCCCGGCCACUCUGGCGGGACCUGCAAUACGGAUCGCCAAAGCGAAGCACCCAAUCAACCUGCUCGGGGUGACUCAGCGACCCGACGAGCCGACCAGGAAAUACUUAAACAGAUUCAACGACGAGUGCCUAGAAAUCGACGGGCUGACAGACUCGGUUGCAAGCUUGUGCCUGACAAACAGACUCCUGAACGAGGACUUCAGAAAACACCUCACCACGAAGCCAGUGUGGACCAUGCAGGAGAUCCAAUGUGUAGCCAAGGAGUACAUCAACGACGAAGAAGUGAGCCAAGUCGUGGCCGCCAACAAACGGCAGCCCUCCUACCACCAGGACCGGCAGCACGGGAGCAGAGAAGGACAAAAGGAACACGCCAGGGACGGCGAUUCGAGAAAAGCACCCAAACUGUUUCCUCGGGUCAGAAAGUUCACCAAUUACACUCCCCUCACCUCACCAAUCAUGGAGGUUUAUCAACAAAUUGCCGAAAAAGGGAUCUUGUCGAAACCCCGACCACUGAAGGAACGAACAGGGGGAAAUCGAAGCCUCUACUGCGACUACCACAAAGGCUAUGGGCACAAAACACAGGAUUGCUUCGACCUGAAGGAUGCAUUAGAGCAAGCGAUCAGGGACGGGAAGCUAGAUGAAUUCUCCCACCUCAUUAGGGAGCCGAGACGACGGAAUCGCGACCACGACGGCGAGGAUAGGACCCGGGCGGCCAAGCAACGCCAAGAACCGGAGGAAGACGACCGAGGCUUCACCAUAGUGAAUGGGGUAACAGCUAGGAACGCGGCACCUAGGUCGAGGUCGGCACAAAGAAAAGAUGCCAAAGUCCUGGCGGUCUCCUCGUCCUCUGCGCGAGGCACGAGGAAGCUCCCACACAUUUCGUUCGGCCCGAAAGAUCAGUAG